GGUGGUGCUGACAAGAAGUUGCUCGUGUUCAAAGGCGGCCUAGUGGCCCAUGAAAUUACCACUACCACAACAGAGCGACUCCAAGCCAGGGGAGAGGCCAUCGUUGAGACCCACCCAAUUCGCGUCCCUGCGCAUCUCUCUUGCGACACCCGUCUCCUUCCUUCUGGUCCCACACUCCUGUCUUUUCUUCUUCUUUCGACUACAACCCCUCGUUUGCAGUCGUACACACGCCGCCACGUACCUGUCCUCUCCUCCGGACCUUCCCGUCGCUGCCACAUAUCACGACUCUACACACACGCGAGCGUGCACACGUCCCCCUCUCCACCACCAUGUCUGACGACAAGAAGAGCGACGACUACAGGGUCGAUAUGCCUUCGGGCAAGGAGUUCCGCGCAGCGUCACCGAUGCCUCGAUCAGCCAGUUCAAGCCGCGCCGGUCCAGCGAUAACAGAGAACCCCAUUGCCGCCGUCCUGGCAUACUGUGGAUCUUCCAUCAUGAUGACAGUUACAAACAAAUACGUCUUGUCUGGCGUCGACUUCAACCUCCCUUUUUUCCUACUUUGCGUACAGUCUGUUGUCUGUGUAGCAGCAAUCUCGACAUGCAAAGCCAUGGGCAUCAUCAACUACCGCGACUUCAACAGCGAUGAAGCGAAGAAAUGGUUCCCCAUCUCCGUCCUGCUCAUCGGCAUGAUCUACACCAGUACCUGGGCGCUCAAGUACCUUUCGAUUCCCGUCUACACCAUUUUCAAGAACUUGACCAUCAUCCUGAUCGCAUACGGAGAGGUUCUUUGGUUCGGUGGCGCAGUCACACCAAUGGCUCUCUUCUCUUUCGGAUUGAUGGUGCUGAGUUCCGUUAUUGCGGCUUGGGCUGACAUUCAGCACGCUUUGUCGAGCAUGGGUCACGCUGCGGAGAAGACCACCGAGGCCAUGUCGACCCUGCACACCGGAUACCUCUGGAUGAUGUUCAACUGCUUUUGCUCGGCUACCUACGUUCUGUGCAUGCGCAAGCGCAUCAAGCUCACCAACUUCAAGGACUUCGACACCAUGUACUACAACAACCUCCUCACCAUCCCGAUUCUGCUCGUUGCCUCCAUCCUCGUAGAAGACUGGUCCUCCGCCAACGUCCAGAAGAACUUCCCCGCUGAACAGCGCAACACCGUUAUUAUGGUCAUGAUCAUCUCUGGUCUUUCCACCGUCUUCAUCUCGUACACAUCUGCCUGGGCGGUCCGUGUUACCUCUUCGACAACCUACUCCAUGGUCGGUGCCCUGAACAAGCUACCCAUUGCGCUCAGCGGUCUGAUCUUCUUCGACGCGCCUGUCACCUUCGGCAGCUGUUCCGCCAUCUUUGUUGGAUUCGUCAGUGGUCUUGUCUACGCUCUGGCUAAGGUCCGCCAGAACAGCAAGCCCAAGACCGUUCUCCCCACUACCAACAUCCCGCUGAGCGCUAGCAGCCGCAGCAUGCAGGACAGCCUGAAGUCAUAAAGGAGUCGCUAGGCACACUUUCUUGACACCAGCAGGCACGAAGGCAAAUGACUCUCGUUCCUGUAUUUCCCAUGGCAUUUUUGCGCUGUAUUGUAUACGAACAAAUGUCUUUAUUCCAUUUCGCAACUGGCCAAUAGGGAAGCUUCAUUUCUCACAGGUCACUUCUUUUGUACCUUUUAUGCCUUGGAGCAUCUUAACAUACACUAUUCAGAACUUUAGAACGAGCUUGGCGUUCCGGAGGAUCGAAGCAGCGCGACAUGGAUCCUGCAGUCUGGGGCGGCGGAGUAAAGUGGAGCGAUCGGAUGUAUUAGCACUUUGAUCAAGUACCGUUAUAUUUUCGGACCGUCCUGCCUUCAGAUUUUAACAAAAUAGCGUCUUCGCUUAUACAUCACGUAUCUCCCAUGUCCUCCCCCUUUCCCUCUCCUUCUCCCAC